AUGAAGAAAGCCUCUACAGAACCGCCCAAUAUAGACAGUCGUGCAGCAGAAGCAAACGCGCAUGGCGUCCACCGCUCCUCCUCCAAGCGAUCCAAAGGCAAUCCGGCUGCUCCCAUAGACGCCAUCGAACCUUUUCCCCUCUCAAACACCACGACCUCCAGCUCCAGCAGCAACAAUGGCCGUGCCGACGACAUCAUCACUUCGUCCAAUAUCACAAGCUCCUCCGCGAGCAAGAACUACCUCCCCGACUACGAAAAGUCUGCUGCCCGCGAGAAUGGCCUCACAUCUACGCAGGUUGAGGGGAAGGGGUCUCUCGUAGGAAAUGGGGUUGGUCCUCAGGACAACAGCAACAACAACAACAAUAACACCCACCCUCAGCAGCAGCAGACAGCCGCCCCGGCUCAGACCGAGAAGCCCAAUGUCGCUACUCGCUUUUACGAGACGAGCAAGAUGAUCAUGUUCCACAGCUGGGUCAACCUGCUCCUCGUCUUCGUGCCCGUUGGCAUCAUUGUCAAGGGAUUGCACGUGAACCCUGGCGUGGUUUUCGCCAUGAACGCCAUCGCCAUCGUCCCUCUCGCCGGCCUACUCAGCCACGCCACCGAAUCCGUGGCCAGCAAGCUCGGUGACACCGUCGGCGCCCUCCUGAACGUGACCUUUGGUAACGCCGUGGAGUUGAUUAUUUUUAUCGCACUUGCCAAGAAUGAAAUCCGUAUCGUCCAGGCGUCGCUCCUUGGCUCCAUUUUGGCCAACCUGCUGCUCAUUUUGGGCAUGUGUUUUUUCCUUGGUGGCUUGCGCUUCCGAGAGCAGAUUUACAACAGCACCGUCACCCAGAUGAGUGCUUGUCUGCUCAGUCUGAGUGUCAUCAGUCUGGUCCUGCCCACUGCCUUCCACGCUUCUUUCACGAACCUCAAGACUGCCGACGAUCAGACGCUGAAGAUCAGCCGUGGUACCAGUGUCAUCCUCCUUUUGGUGUACAUUGUCUACCUCUUGUUCCAGCUCAAGUCUCAUGCCUACAUGUAUGAGUCUACUCCUCAGCACAUUGUCGAUGCUGAGGCUGCUCCUGGUCCUGCCGUCGGAUGGUUGGAUACUUCCAGCUCUGAAAGCGACUCAGACUCCGACACCGACUCGGACAGCUCGGACAGUUCCGCCGGCACCGUCCGCCAGCGGAUGAAGAAGGUCUUGCGUGGCGGCAGAAGACGCAAGUCCAGCGUGGCCUCCGUCGACAUUGAGGGCCGCCCUCGCACUCGCAGCACCUCCGUUGGUACUCACAGCACUAAGGGCUCUCCCAGCCGCCCUCGUCUUCCUCGUUUCGGUUCAAGCGUUGGCAGUGAGGAUGCCCUUGAGGAUGAGAAGCCUCGCAAGCAUCGCAAGCACCGCAGACGCCACCACAAGCACAAGAAGUCGAAGAAGAGGUCAAAGACCACCCUUGUCGAUGUUGAUGAGCCCGUCAGAAAUGGUUCUGAGACUGCUUCCUUCCAGAAUGGCGAACCUCGUCGCGUCGACUUCGCGCAGCAGGAUGCGGCGCCCAUUGAGGGACCUUCUCAGCCUUCCCAGGCCGAGAACGACCGCAGACCCCUGCCCGCCCUUCGCGGCCUGUCCAUCAAGAACUUUACCCCUGCUGUCUUCACUCAGGGUCCUGGCUCUCCGGUCGUUGGUCCUGUUACUGGUGGCCCCGUCCCCCGCGUCCGUUUCGGUAUCCGCCGCACCAACUCCCUGCCUGACCGCCUGAACCAAUAUGGCGCAAACCCUGGCGUCAGACCCCCUGGCGCCUUGUUCCCCGCCCAAAUCCCCAGGAAUGUUAUUCACAGCAGCGACGGUACGGAGGAGAAGGUAAUGCCCAAUGACCACCUGUCUCGCACUGCCGCCAUUCUCCUCCUCCUGUUCUCUACUGGUCUCGUCGCAGUCUGUGCCGAGUUCCUGGUCGACUCCAUCAACGACGUCGUGGAGUCAAGUCCCUUGGGCGAGGUUUUCAUCGGUCUCAUCAUUCUCCCAAUUGUCGGUAACGCCGCAGAGCACGUCACUGCCAUUACGGUUGCCAUGAAGAACAAGAUGGAUUUGGCCAUCGGUGUCGCCGUCGGUUCGUCCAUUCAGAUCGCCCUGUUCAUCACCCCCAUCGUCGUCAUCAUCGGCUGGGCUCUUGGCAGGGACAUGUCGCUGUACUUCACCCUCUUCGAGACGGUCUGUCUCUUCGUCUCGGCCUUCAUCGUCAACUUCCUAGUCCUCGACGGCAGGAGUAACUACCUCGAGGGUGCUCUCUUGUGUGCGACAUACGUCAUCAUCGCUCUGGUGGCGUUCUUCUACCCCAACUCUGACGAGGUCAACGCUCUGGGUGCUUAA